AUGGCCGAAUCCGGAGCCGAGCGCCAGGCCCGCGAAGCGCGCGAGGAGCGCGAGCGCGAGGCCGAGGCUGCCCGCCUCCGCCAGAUCGCCGCUGACCGCGCCAAGGCUCUCGACAAGUACGAGGCCAAGCACGCCAACGUCCACUCCGCCGCCAUCUCCGUCCUGAACAUCAAGGUGCUCGUCCCGGUGGUCCUCGACCGCGCCGCGAACAACUACAACCGCUGGCGCUCCCUCUUCCUCGUCGUGCUCGGCAAGUACACCCUCACUGAUCACGUCCUCACCGACGUGGUCAACGCCGAUCGGCCGGCGUGGGUGCAGAUGGACUGCACCGUCCUCACGUGGAUCUACGGGACGAUCAAUGCCGACCUUCAGCAAUCCACCAUGCUUAAGAACCCCAACGCUCGCAUCGCCUGGCUCCAUCUCGAGGACGAGUUCCUCGGCCAGCGUGAAUCGCGCGCGCUGCUGCUGUCCGCCGAGUUCCGCACGGUGAAGCAAGGGUCGUCAUCCAUCACCGACUUCUGCCGCAAGCUCGAGACGAUGGCUGCCACCCUCAACGACUUCGGCGAUCCCGUUGGCGACCGCACCCUCGUCCUCACGCUCCUCCGUGGCCUCAACGACAAGUUCCGCCCCAUGGUCACCAACAUCAAGCUGCGGCAGCCGUUCCCCACCUUUGCCGAGGCGCGCACGCUGCUCCUGCUCGAGGAGAUCGACAUCAACGACGCUGCCGAUGACACCCCUGUCCCGCCACCUCCAGCCCCGUCGGCCGUCUUCACUGACUCAGCCGGCAGCUCUCGCCCUCCUAGUCGCGCACCUGGUGACGCUCAAGGGGGCAACCAGGGCGGUGGUCACGAGGGCGGCCAAAGAGGCGGCUACGGCGGCGGUCAGGGCAACCGCAACGGGCGCCGGCGUGGUCGCGGCGGCAACAAGCAGCAGCAGGGCACCAACGCCGGGCAACCCGUUGCUCCUCGUCCGCCGCCCAUGAUCUACAACCCGUGGGCGGGCACGCUGCAGUUUUGGCCGCACCAGCCACCCACGGGCCCUACGCCAGGAGCACCCCAUCGCCCGCCGGCCUUCACCGCCAUCACGCCGCCUCAGCCCUACCUUGCGCCAUACAGCUAUGGCGCACCUCCUGGGUUCGGGUACGGGCAACACGGCCCCUAUGCUCCACCACCGCAGCAGCAGGCGCCACAGCAGCCGUGGACUCCCAUGCACGGGGGGUCAUUUGACACGACGUCGCUCGCCAGCAACUUCAGCACCAUGUCGCUGACUCCUCCGGGCCCUAGCGACUGGUACGUCGACUCUGGUGCUGGCGCUCAUAUGGUCAACAACGCUGGUAUAAUUUCAUCCUCUCACCCUCCUUUGUCAUCAAAUCCUUCAUCUAUCAUUGUUGGUAAUGGGGCUACACUUCCUGUUACUUCCGUCGGCUCUGAUACCAUGAAGAGUGGAAUAUAG